GAGAGCGUUCCCUCAUGACAAAGCUACACCGCGUCUGGAAACCAGGAACGGUGAACAGGCGCUUUGGGAGCAAGCGUCGACAAGAGCGUUUCUGCAUCUUAACCUGCAGCAUUCCCGGCUCGGCUCGGUCUUAAACAACUUUACAGAAUCUACUGUUUCUUAGUUUCUGAGAUCAGUGAAGCGGAAGGCUCCCCUCUCCCCCCCUCUCCUCCUCGGCUGAACUUUACAGGGAUGUUAGUUCUUGCUGAGCAUCACCGAAUCUCCAGAUAUUGCUGAACUGUAGAGCGGAUAUUAUAACUUCACAUCUGGAGAAAGUCGGUCCUCUUCCUCUUGUAGUAGCCUACUUUUUGUUAGGUUUGACACCCAAGAUCAGAAGAGAGACUGCGUGAGUGCGUGCGCGCGCGUGCAGGGGAUAGAGAAGUCACAUAGUUUUUUUUUUUUUUGCCUUUUUUUUCUUCUUUUUUUUGGAGCUAAGCUUUCAUGCCGUCAGUCUUGCGGACUCAGAGAUGGACGUCAGAUUUUAUCCAGCUCCCCCUUCAAGCGUGGGUUCAUGUACAUUACCGACUGAUUCCAGUUUGGACUAUUACCACUCCAACAAGAGCAGAUACGGUGCUCCAGAUCGAGGGGUAAGGCUCUACAGUUCCCUGCCAAUGCGCCCGAACCCUGACGGCAAGAGACUGCCCUCUACUGGGUUUGAUGGUGACAACAUGUACAUGAAUGAAAACAACCAUGAGUUCCUCCCGCCAAACCAGAGCUACACAGGCCAGACAGGAGGUAGCGGGGGAGGAGGCGGAGGAGGUGGGACCUCCAGUGGAAAUGGACCCGGGGAUGAAGACUACGAGAUCCCCCCCAUCACUCCACCUAACCACCCAGAGCCUCCUCUUCUUCACCUGAUGGAGCAUGACUCUACAGGCUACCUCUGUCACUCACUGCCACACAAUGGGCUCAUCAAUCCGUAUUCCUACACCGAGCUGCCCACACUCAUGAUGCCGAACAUGCUGGCACAGGACAACCACCUCAUCUCCAGCCAAAUGCCCUCGAUGCAGGACAUGGCUUUGCACCACCACCACCAACAACAACAACAACAGCUACACCAUCACCAGCACCCAGACGGCGCUCAUUAUGAUCCCGCCCGUAACCACCCCAUGAUAAACAACUCGCCUCCGAUACUGCCCAACCCCAUGAGCGUAUUGUCCCAGCUAAACCCUCAGGGCAGCCGGAGUGCACUGCCUCAUGGCUCCCCUUCACCUCCCGGAAGUAAAUCAGCCACACCCUCCCCUUCAAGCUCCAAUCAGGAAGAGGAGACUGAUCCUCACUCAAAGAUGGUCUUCCAGAUAACGGGGGAGAAACGGCCAUCUUCAGAGAUGAUCAAACCCAAGCCCAAACCCCAAAAAAAGAAGAAGAAGAAGGAUCCCAAUGAGCCAACGAAGCCGGUGUCGGCCUACGCCUUGUUCUUCAGAGACACCCAGGCAGCCAUCAAAGGACAGAAUCCCAACGCCACAUUUGGAGAUGUAUCCAAAAUAGUCGCCUCCAUGUGGGAUGGACUGGGGGAGGAGCAGAAACAGAGCUACAAGAGGAAAACAGAGGCUGCUAAGAAGGAGUACCUGAAAGCCCUGGCCGCCUACAGAGCCAGUCUGGUUUCCAAGACCUAUAACGACCCAGUGGAGACAAAAAGUGCCCAAACAAGCCAGGCUUCUCCACAUAUGAUGCCAGCCAACCCACCCCUGUACAGUGUGCCACCUCCCCCUCAGACGUCAUCGCCAUACCUGGGGCCUGGGGCCUUCCCUCUUACUGACCUGCAGAGCUACGCAGGACAUGCCCCUCGCCACACUCUGUCACAGACGCUCAGCCCAUCGCAGAUGCUGCCCAGCAUUAGUGCCUCACCCCCUUCCUCCUUCCAGAUCAGCCCACCGCUUCACCCCCACCAGCAGCUCUCCCUUCACCAGAGCUCGCUCCUCAACCAGCCUAUCCGCAUGCAGCAGGUCCAGUCCCAGCCAAUCAUCUCUCACCAGAUGGGGCUUCAGGCCUCUCUUCACUCCCCACCUCCAGGGCAGCAGGGAUUUUCCCACCUCCAGUCAGAGUACCAGAAGAGCAUUGGAGGUUCCCAGUCCCCAGGAGCCCCUGGCCCUGGUCCAGGCCCUGGAGUGGCUCAAACCCAUGACUGGGACAGUGAAUACUGCAAUCGAGAGUGUGGCAACCACUGCAGUGGCAGCAUGAUAGGCAGGGACAAGCCACUCUACCUCACCUGAAAGUGAAGAUCAUACUCUGCUGACAAAUACGACACCAAGGAGUCUACUCUUAACCCCCCCUCCCUCCAUCCUCUUCUCCCACCUCAAACUCUCUUCUGAUGCACACACUUACAUCCUGUGCUCACUUAACAUACAGUUACACGCAUAGACAAACACAUACACAUGUCCAGCUCCCUGAACACCAUCACCACCACCUUUUUAUGUCAAUGUAACUAUUAUUUCUCUCAGUUUCUAGAAUUUGUGACCAGAGUUUUUAGAUGACUACUGUCUGUACCACUUAUUGUAUUAGCAGUCCUCUUGCUGUUUAAAUUUGCCAAGCACUUAUAAAUCCUCCCUUCCCUCCUCUCUGCCCCCUCCCUAAACAGCACCCUCCCACCCCACCCCCCACCACAACCCAUGGUGCAUCUAAUUCCUCUCUAAUGUGUGUCACCCUCAAAGUCCCCUCAGGGACCCCAUCCAGCUUUGAUUAGAAUGAGAAGAAAAAAGAAUACUCUUCCUCCUCUUUAAUCACUUUAUUUUCCUUUGUUUUUCUUUUUGUUGUUGUUGCUGCUGUCUAAUUUAUUUCUGGCUUGCAAAAUUGUUCCACUUUUACUUUUUUUUUUUUUUUUUUUUUUUUGCAAAUAAGCGAUGGGCCCUGUUGUGUAGAAAAAUAUUAACUUCUAGUAGGUUCAGCACAGGCCUUUAUGUUAUGAUAGCUUUGCUUAAGGGCCUGAAAAUGAAUACAAAAAGCUUGAGUGGGGAAGCGAAAGAAAACAACAGAAUCUUUUUCUUCUUUUUUUUAUAUUAAAGACCUGUUGAGGUCUACUGAGCUGUCACAGUGUGAUUGUAAAUAUCACUUUUAUGGGAUCAAAUUGGGAAUUGGAAGUCCAGAUAGAUUUGUUUCUUCUUUAAUAUUACAUGUAUGUUAUUGCGUGUGUGUGUGUGUGUGUGUGAGUGUCUGGACGUUAGAAUGUACCACAUUCAUGACGUAAACAGUUGAGUAUGUAUGUAAGUGUGUAUGUGCACGGGCACACCCUCAGUGUGUGUGCACGAGCAUUUCGGUGUUGGAGUCUUUCUCGUGAAUUUUAACAGCAUUGUGCAGCUGGAUUUCAGAGGAGUAUUUCACACUUUCGUUCUUGCAUUAAAUCUGUGCUCACUGGUGUGUUUUUUUCCAAUAAAGUUCAAUCUAAAACUGAAUGCACAAUAUGUGUCCUGCAGAUCAUUAAAUGGAAAGAGCCAGGUGAGAGAUAGAGCGCAUAGAGACAGAAAAAAAGAGGAAUAAAUGCUGUGAGACAAACUGAGAUGUAAUGAUGCAGGUGGGGGAAAAAGAUAUUCCCUCAAAAUGCCUGCCCCUCUUUUCUUUUUCUUUUCUUUUUGUCUGACCACAUGUCCAUGUUGUCCCCUCAGUAUGCAGAGGUGAAGAACUGCAAAUAUGUGAAUGGAGCCAUUACAUCCACAUUAGAGUGAUUUUUAUAAGUUUCUGCCUUGUGUUUGGUUGUGUUGAUCAUGUUUUUAGCUCUUGUGUGAUUAACAGAAAUGCGUUUUGCUGACAAAGACAUCUCGUUUUUAUCUCUUACGUGUAGCAGAAUUUUAGUUUUAGUUGCUACAAGACAAUAACAUUUUAACUUGAGUAAAAAAAAAAAAAAAGGCAAAAAAAGCAAAAAAAAAAAAAAAAAAAAACCUGCCAACUGUAGGUAUUUUAUUUGUAAAGCCAGUAAUGAUAAAUAUUUGAAAUGGUCAUCAGUACAUUGUUUUCUGCUAGUUGCCCAUCAGCUGUUUGACAGGUUUUCUUAUUUAUAUAAAUAUAAAAAGACAUCGUUUUUGCUUCUUACAAUGGAGAUGUAUUUUUAUUAUUAUUUUAUUAUUUCUUUGCUUUGGUUUCAUAAAAAAAAGAUAAUGCGACCAUGACAAUGAUUUUUUUUUAUAUAUAUAUUUUGGGUGCUGCAUCUUUCUUUCCUUGCCAGCAGCAUCAGUUUGUGUCACAAUGCUUCUUUUAUUUCAAACCUGCAUAAUAAAGGAAAAAAAGUUUAAAAGUGAA